CAGCCAGCAGAGCCACCCGCCCUCUGCCCGUCCGUCCUUCCUGCCUUCUCGCCGCUAGAAGUCCAGCUCGGGGCGCCCAAGAGCCAUCGGGAUGGCCGGCAGCCCACCCGGGAGAUCCCAGGGAGAGGGGUCGGUGCCGAUCACUUUCAACGACGUCGUCGUAUACUUCUCGCCGGAUGAAUGGCGUUUGCUAACCGAAGAACAGCAGCAGCUGUAUUGGGAGACCCUGCAGGAAACCUACCAGUCUCUCCUUCUCAUUGGAUGCCCAAUUACCUCCCCAGAAGUCUUCGCCUGGAUUGAAUAUAACGAACGUCUGAAUAUCCGGAUAUCGUCGAGACGCCUAGAGGACUCUCCUCCCAAUGUCCUUCCUAUAGAUGACCAGCAAUCCCAAAUGGACAUAGACUGCUCUCCUGAGCAGGUGGGCCCUCUUGAGAGCAUCUGUGUAGAAGAGGCCACCUACUGUAGCAAGGUCGAGGGGCAUCCUGAACAACCUUGUGAAUCGGCAGCCGAACAGGGAAGCGUACCCAAUUCUGGCGGACAGCUACGGGGAGAAGCGAUGGAGCAGGAUCCAGGUGACGCCCGCACAGAGGACGCCCCACAACUGUGCCGCGUGUGGAUGGAGUUUCUAACCACCUCCGUGCCUGCUGUGGCGCCAGGAAACUCUGCCGAGCUGCCGCCUCGCGGGACGACAAUCCCGCUCCAGCGUAAUUUUGCCAUGGGUGCGGAACGCCCUGUGGAGGAAAUGCGGUUUGCAAAGGCCACUUGUGACGAGAACUGCGCGGACGUGCGCUGGCAGGUUGCGGCGCCAACUCUGUCACAGAGCACAAGGAGGAUGCAGGACACUCAGCCGCCUCCCCUGGGAGUCCCCACCCAGGAUAAAAAACGCUACUUCUGUGCUUGGUGCAAAGAACCAUUCAAACUGCAGAUUAAUUUGGGAGUGCAUUAUAGGUAUUGUCGUCAGAAGCAAACGCAGUACCCCAGCCUUCUCUUGAAAGCCCUCAAAGCUCCCCUUGGGCAGUUCAUGGGCGGGUCAAGCAGCACUGGGGCCUCGGCGGCGCCUCUCCCCCUCCCACAAAAACCUGCCCCGUUCCCGCCGUCCAAUGAUGGCAGGGGGGCGUUUCAUUUCAGACCAUGGCAACCUCAAGCCCAACAGAGAAUGGUAAAAAGCAAAGACAUUUCUGAUGCCACCCGGAAUGCCGCCGAGACUCCACGCAGUUUGGCACCGACAAACUGUGCGAUGAAGAAGCUGUGCCCCUGUCUGCAAUGUGGGGAAAAAUUUGUGUACAAGUGGCAACUCUCGGCUCACCUGCAAUAUUGCAGGAAGAACAUGGAUGGGAAGAAACAGCUGCCACCAAAGCCCCAGAAUGUUGCCGCAAAGGGGCUCGCCUGCUGUGCCAAAACGCCAGAGCCUCGCGCUGAACCGGCUGUGCUUCCGAGCACUUCUAAAGACAAGGCGCUAUAUCCGUGCGAGAAAUGCGGCAAGAAUUUAAGCAAGUGUUACAUAUCCACGCAUCAGGCGUUCCACGAGGGACAACGAUACAAGUGCCUCUGGUGCGGGAAGAUCUUCAACUUCCGGAGUGGGGCAGUGAGGCACAAGAAACAACACUACACGAACGACGAAGACAUCAACUGUCCGAAAUGCGGGAAGAGAGCUGGCGACCCAGAAUGUUUCUGCAUGAUCAAAAAAAUCAUCGUCGCUUCCGAUUCAGAUAGUGGGGAAGAAUCCGAGCCGGAGGGACCCAAGUAGCUGUUUGCAAAAGGCAGGCAGUUUUAGUAUUUGUAAAUAGGGGUUUAGAAAUCGAGGUGCUACAAACGACUGGUGCGAAUUCAAGUGAUACGGCAACGGGGGGGGUUUCGAACGCAACGCCUGCGUCAGAGGGCGCCUGGCUCGGCUGACUGCACAUCGGGAGCCCUAUGCAAAAUACGCUUGCUCCAGAUGUUCCGAGAAACGCCUUUUUUUGUCAGCCCCUUGACACACACACUGGGGGGAAAAAACCACGUGAAUUGUAUAGACCGCUGUACACCAGGAAGACACUGUUGUGGGCCAGGCCUCUUUUGUGCGGAUGGAAUGAGGUUGUCUUUUGUUUGUGUCUCACUUGCACUCGGGACCCCCACGUAGCUUGAUAUGUUCUGCCUGCGGGGGCACCGGCUUGAGGAUGGAUAAUAGCCAUAAUAAUGUCCACCAGCAAUUUUACUUUUGUGCCUUAGCUGGAUCUUCAAAAAUUCUGUGACAAAUCUGGUACGAUAUAAAGAACGAUGGACGGAUCUAUUUCACAAACGUCUUAAGACUGAGUUUUUCAACCCGGGUAGCUGUAAGAUGGGUGGACUUCAACUCCCAGAAUUCCCCUGCCAGCUAUGAAUCCUGGGAGUUGACGUCCACCUAUCUUCCAGUGAUCCAGUUGAGAAAUGUUGCUCUAAGAAAUCCAAAAUCAGGGGCACCAAGGGGGUCUGGGACUGGACUCCAGCACAAGUGGACAAAAUGACCUCUUUCUUUUUAACCCCAGCCCACCAGAAUCCUCCUCCUAUCCCCUCCCCAAAACCUAUAGGACAGGCCUACUUUAAGGUACUCAACAUUUUGUAGCUAAUUUCGACUGAUUACUGUAGUACAGUGCGUAAAAAAGUUGUAAAAAUAAAAAGGCAUUUUCAUGGCAGACUUCAAAAUAAUGUUCUUUAUUUUGGAUGAAUUGCAAGCGAAGAGAAGAACGUAUGUUUGUUCACAGUUGUGGAUGAAUUUGAAAUGCCAACUAAUUGUAACGUAGAUGUAAUUGUCAAUAAAA